UCUGAGCAGAUGAAAAUACAAUCAGGAAAAUGCAACAUGGCUGCAGCAAUGGAAACAGAACAGCUGGGUGUUGAGAUAUUUGAAACUGCAGAGUGCGAGGAGGGAACUAUUGAAUCACAGAAUCGACCUAAACUGGAGCCAUUUUAUGUGGAACGAUAUUCUUGGAGUCAGUUGAAAAAGCUGCUUGCUGAUACCAGAAAAUAUCAUGGCUACAUGAUGGCUAAGGCGCCACAUGAUUUUAUGUUUGUGAAGAGGACGGAUCCAGAUGGACCUCACUCAGACAGGGUCUAUUAUCUUGCCAUGUCUGGUGAGAACAGAGAAAAUACACUAUUUUAUUCUGAAAUCCCUAAAACCAUCAACAAAGCAGCAGUCUUAAUGCUUUCUUGGAAGCCUCUUUUGGAUCUUUUUCAGGCGACACUAGACUAUGGGAUGUAUUCUCGAGAGGAAGAGCUACUCAGAGAAAGAAAGCGCAUCGGAACGGUGGGAAUCGCAGCUUACGACUAUCACCCUGGAAGUGGAACGUUCCUGUUUCAAGCUGGUAGUGGAAUUUACCAUAUCAAAGAUGGAGGGCCACAUGGAUUUACACAACAACCUUUACGGCCCAAUUUAGUGGAAACUAGUUGUCCCAAUAUCCGGAUGGAUCCAAAAUUGUGCCCGGCUGACCCAGACUGGAUAGCUUUCAUUCACAGCAACGACAUCUGGGUAUCGAACCUCGUAACCAGGGAAGAGCGGAGGGUCACCUAUGUGCACAGCGAGCUAGCCAACAUGGAGGAGGAUCCCAGAUCAGCUGGAGUUGCUACCUUUGUUCUUCAAGAAGAAUUUGAUAGAUAUUCUGGCUAUUGGUGGUGUCCACAAGCUGAAAGAACUCCUAGUGGAGGUAAAAUUCUUAGAAUUCUCUAUGAAGAAAAUGAUGAAUCUGAGGUGGAGAUCAUUCAUGUUACGUCCCCCAUGUUGGAAACAAGGAGGGCAGACUCAUUCCGUUACCCUAAAACAGGCACAGCAAACCCAAAGGUCACUUUCAAGAUGUCAGAGAUACUUGUUGAUGCUGAAGGAGCGAUUAUAGAUGUCAUAGAUAAAGAACUGGUUCAACCUUUUGAGAUUCUGUUUGAAGGAGUUGAAUACAUUGCCAGAGCUGGAUGGACUCCAGAGGGAAAAUAUGCCUGGUCCAUCCUUCUAGAUCGUUCCCAGACUCACCUACAGAUCGUUCUGAUUUCCCCUGAGUUAUUCAUCCCAGUAGAAGACGAUGCCAUGGACAGACAGAGACUCAUCGAGUCAGUUCCUGACUCUGUGACACCACUGAUCAUCUAUGAAGAAACAACAGACAUCUGGAUAAACAUCCACGAUAUUUUUCAUGUUUUUCCUCAAACUCAUGAAGAUGAAAUUGAGUUUAUUUUUGCCUCUGAAUGCAAAACAGGUUUUCGGCAUUUGUAUAAAAUCACAUCCACUUUGAAGGAGAGCAAAUACAAGCGAUCCAGUGGUGGACUGCCUGCCCCAAGUGACUUCAAGUGUCCUGUCAAAGAGGAAAUAGCAGUCACCAGUGGUGAAUGGGAAGUCCUUGGCCGGCACGGAUCUAACAUCUGGGUUGAUGAAGCCAGAAAGCUGGUGUACUUUGAAGGCACCAAAGACUCUCCUUUGGAGCACCACCUGUAUGUGACCAGUUACACAAACCCUGGCGAAGUGGUGAGGCUGACUGACCGCGGCUACUCGCACUCCUGCUGCCUCAGCCGGCAUUGUGACUUCUUUAUAAGUAAGUACAGCAACCAGAAGAAUCCGCACUGUGUGUCCCUCUACAAACUCUCAAGUCCUGAAGAUGACCCAGUUCAUAAAACAAAGGAGUUUUGGGCCACCAUUUUGGAUUCAGCAGGUCCUCUUCCUGAUUACACCCCUCCAGAAAUUUUUUCUUUUGAAAGUACUACUGGAUUUACGCUGUAUGGAAUGUUAUAUAAGCCUCAUGACCUACAACCUGGAAAGAAAUACCCCACUGUGCUCUUCAUAUACGGUGGUCCGCAGGUGCAGCUGGUGAACAAUCGGUUUAAAGGGGUCAAGUAUUUCCGCCUGAACACCCUGGCCUCCCUGGGUUAUGUGGUUGUGGUGAUAGACAACAGGGGAUCCUGUCACCGAGGACUUAAAUUUGAAGGCGCCUUUAAAUAUAAAAUGGGUCAAAUAGAAAUUGAUGAUCAGGUGGAAGGGCUCCAGUACCUGGCAUCUCAGUAUGACUUCAUUGACUUGGAUCGUGUGGGCAUCCACGGCUGGUCCUAUGGAGGCUACCUCUCCCUGAUGGCAUUACUGCAGAGGUCGGAUAUCUUCAGGGUUGCUAUUGCUGGGGCCCCAGUCACUCUGUGGAUCUUCUAUGAUACAGGAUACACGGAGCGCUAUAUGGGUCACCCUGACCAGAACGAACAAGGCUAUUACUUAGGAUCUGUGGCCAUGCAAGCGGAGAAGUUCCCUUCAGAACCAAACCGCUUGCUGCUCCUACACGGGUUCUUGGAUGAGAAUGUUCACUUUGCACACACCAGCAUCCUGCUGAGCUUCUUAGUGAGGGCUGGAAAGCCGUACGACUUACAGAUCUACCCUCAGGAGAGGCACAGCAUCCGAGUGCCUGAGUCUGGAGAGCAUUAUGAGCUGCACCUGCUGCACUACCUUCAGGAGAACCUUGGCUCACGUAUUGCUGCCCUGAAAGUGAUAUAGCCCUGACCUGUAUAGAACUUGCUGUACAUUGUCUAACCAAACAAGGAGGGUUAGUCAUUAGAGAAGCCGGAGUUGAUCCUGCUUUGGUACCCGACACAUAAAAUCUACUUCUGAAAGUAAAUUUGGUGCCAUGCAGAAAUCUGCAGUUCGUGGAUAGUAAUCUAAUACCUUAACCAUGCACACAGAACUGAGUGUUCCCAAGAGAUUCAUCAGUACCUUGAGGAUACUAAAAGAAGCAAGGCAUCAGCGCCACAUAUUCAAACUAGCCUGUUUUCACUUUUACUAGCAGUAUAAGCCUCUCGGACUUAAUUAAUGGAUUUUACAGUAUACUUCUGAAUUUGUUAAAAUAUGAUGAUAGUAGAGAUUGAUUUGGCUCAAUUCCAGGAUCUCUGACUAGUUAUGGGUUCGAUAGCACUUAUGUCUAACUGAAUAGCUUAUGCUUCGUCACUUGGGGUGUACCCAGCAUGUCAUGAACUAAUUACUAUUAAGCUUAUGACUUUCCCAGUCAUUAAUGAUUUUUCAAGGAUAAUUUAGUGGCCUCCUAAAGAUAUUUACUUAAGCUCUGACCAGUUUUUU